UUCGGUGAAGGCCAGCGUGGGCACAGGACCGCGGGAUCGGCAAGGGGCUGCCCCCUGGCCCGGCUCUCCCCUGGUCCCCGGCGGGGGCCAGGCUGCCCCUCCCCCGCUCCCGGCUCGGGUUUCAACCUUCCGAGUUCAGCAAACUUGCUGCAGGCGGAUUGGCGGCGAGCAGCUCCCGGGCUCCGGCGUCGUCCCCGCGCCCACCGCUCCUUUGUGUCCCGCAGCCGCCGCCCGGGCUCUGGGGGGCCUCGGCGGGCAGCUCGCUCCCCUGCGCGGCGGACUCCCCGGGGGACACGUGCGGGGCCCGGUCACCGCGGGGCGGAGGCGGAGCCGGGGCGGAGGCGCGGCGACCAGGGGCGGCGACCGGGGAUCCGCAGCGCUGCCCGCGCCCCCGCCGGCCGAUCGCUCCGGGCCCGCUCCGCUCUGCGUCGGCAGCGCCGCGGUGCUGGCGCGCGAGGGCCGCGGCCGGGGGAUGAGCCGACUGCGGUGAGAGCGUCGCCCGGGCCCCCGCGAGGCCGCCGCCGCCGUCUCCCCGCCGCGCUGCCAGCCGCGAUCAUGUCCAUCCACAUCGUGGCGCUGGGGAACGAGGGCGACACGUUCCACCAGGACAACCGGCCGUCGGGGCUCAUCCGCACCUACCUAGGGAGAAGCCCGCUGGUUUCGGGGGACGAGAGCAGCUUGUUGCUGAACGCGGCCAGCACAGUCGCGCGCCCGGUGUUCACCGAGUACCAGGCCAGUGCGUUCGGGAACGUCAAGCUGGUGGUGCACGACUGUCCCGUCUGGGACAUUUUUGACAGUGAUUGGUACACCUCCCGAAACCUAAUUGGGAGUGCCGACAUCAUUGUGAUCAAAUACAAUGUAAAUGACAAGUUUUCAUUCCACGAAGUAAAGGAUAAUUAUAUUCCAGUGAUUAAAAGAGCAUCAAACUCAGUUCCAGUAAUCAUUGCUGCUGUUGGGACCAGACAAAAUGAAGAAUUACCUUGUACAUGCCCCCUGUGUACCUCAGACCGAGGAAGCUGUGUUAGUACCACAGAAGGGAUCCAACUUGCCAAAGAGCUGGGAGCGACCUAUCUGGAGCUCCACAGCCUGGAUGACUUCUACAUCGGGAAGUAUUUUGGAGGCGUGUUGGAAUAUUUUAUGAUUCAAGCCUUAAAUCAGAAGACAAGUGAGAAAAUGAGGAAGAGGAAAAUGACCAACUCCUUUCAUGGAAUUCGACCUCCUCAACUGGAACAACCAGAAAAGAUGCCUGUCUUGAAAGCUGAAGCAUCACACUACCACUCCGACUUGAACAACCUGCUGCUCUGCUGCCAGUGUGUAGAUGUGGUGUUUUACCACCCAGAAGUGACCGGCGUCGUGGAGGCCCACAAGAUUGUCCUCUGCGCUGUCAGCCAUGUGUUCAUGCUGCUUUUCAAUGUGAAGAGCCCUACCGACAUUCAGGACUCCAGUAUUGUCCGAACCACCCAGGAUCUCUUUGCCAUAAACAGAGAUGCUGUGUUUCCAGGUGCUAGCCAGGAAUCUGCCAGCAACCCGCCGCUGCGCGUCAUUGUUAAGGACGCCCAGUUCUGCUCCUGUUUAUCGGACAUUCUGCGCUUCAUUUAUUCAGGUGCUUUUCAGUGGGAAGAGCUGGAAGAAGACGUCAGGAGGAAGCUGGAUGAUUCAGGGGAUGUUUCCAGUGUAAUCGAGAAAGUGAAAUGCAUUUUAAAAACACCAGGAAAGAUCAAUUGCCUGAGGAAUUGCAAGACCUACCAAGCCAGAAAGCCUCUGUGGUUCUAUAAUACGUCACUCAAGUUUUUCCUUAAUAAACCGAUGCUUGCCGAUGUUGUCUUCGAAAUACAAGGAACGACUGUGCCAGCCCACAGGGCCAUCUUGGUGGCACGCUGUGAAGUGAUGGCAGCCAUGUUUAACGGCAAUUACAUGGAAGCCAAGAGUGUCCUGAUUCCGGUUUAUGGUGUUUAAGAGACGUUCUUGUCAUUUUUAGAAUACUUAUACACAGACUCUUGUUGCCCAGCUGGCAUUUUCCAGGCCAUGUGUCUCCUGAUCUGUGCUGAGAUGUACCAAGUCUCCAGACUGCAGCAUAUCUGUGAACUCUUCAUCAUCACACAGUUGCAGAGCAUGCCCAGCAGGGAGCUGGCCUCCAUGAACCUUGACAUUGUGGACCUGCUCAAAAAGGCCAAGUUCCACCACUCUGACUGCCUUUCAACGUGGCUGCUUCAUUUCAUCGCCGCUAACUACCUCAUAUUCAGCCAAAAGCCCGAAUUUCAGGACCUUUCAGUGGAAGAACGAAGUUUCGUUGAAAAGCACAGAUGGCCAUCAAACAUGUACUUGAAGCAGCUGGCGGAGUACAGGAAGUAUAUCCACUCCCGGAAAUGUCGCUGUUUAGUCAUGUGACCUGAGCUUUUGUAUACAUACACUUUUUUAUUAUUAUGAAGAAUGGGUAACUCUGGGUUCCAGUAAAAUUCUUAUAACUAAAUCAGUAUGGUAUUUAAAAAAAAAAAUCACCAUGUAGCUUAUUAGCUGUCUUUGAAGAACUGUGGUGGUCUUAAAAGGGAGCAUAGUCUGCAGACUUGAGUGCUUCACCUAGAAUAUAGAACUGUUGGACAGGGGCUUCUCCUGUAGGCUGUCCCAUCACUUUAACAACACUAAGACCUGUCCUAGCUAAGAGAUGUUUAAUUUGUAAAAAAUCAUCUAGGAUAAAUACAAAAAUUUCAUCAUGUCUGACUGAUUGCUCUGCUAAAAGAAGGGCCAUUUACAAGCCACGAGUGACUGUGGAAUUCUGGGGAGUGCCAACCAGUGUGGCAUGAAGUUGUAGGAAUAGAAAUUUGCCACAUAACAGUUGGCUCCAGUUCUGAGAGUGUUUAAAUGAAUACAAUGAAAAACAGCUGCCCCAUCUGGACCAUCUAACCACAUCUGCCUGUCAGUCAGCCACAAACCUAAUCAGGGCUGGUUAUUACUUCAGUGUAACCCUCUGGAUUCUCCAUGCUCCCACCUUAGAAAGGUGGCUUAGUGCUCUGCAAGUGCAGUUGUUAAAUUCCUAAAAAUGUUUGAAGAAGGGCCCCAUGUUUUCACUUUGCACUGGCUCCCUGAAAUUAUGUGUAUUUCCUAUGAGGAAAAUGCUAUUUUUUUUUUCCAGACAGGGUUUCUCUGUGUAACAGCCUUGGCUGUCCUGGAACUCGCUUUGCAGACUAGGCUGGCCUCAAACCUACAGAAAUCUGCCUGCCUCUGCCUCCAGAGUGCUGGGAUUAAAGGUGUGCGCCACCAUACCUGGCUGAAAAUGCUUUUCUCUUAUUCAAACCUCACUCCAAAGAGUGAAAAGCAGAAGAGUCUCUGAUACCAGGAGAGCAGAGUGGAGGUUCCCACCUUUGGGGAAACUUGUACUGCCUAGAGCCUCCACAGUGACCACUCCUGGCAGAAAGAAAUGUUUUUGGUUGGCUUUGGGGCACUAGCUCACUUCUGACUCUAUCCCAGAAGAGCAGAUACUUUCUUGAUCAAUAUGUGAAGCCAGGAAAUUGAUAAGAGUGAGUGAGUAGCCUGACUAUAAUACACAGUUAUAAAGAUAAUCACAGGAAAAGAUGCCUAAUAGAAACUUCGUUACAAAAGCUUAAGAAUUCUUUCUUUUAACUGUAUCUGUUAAGAUUAGGAUGGCAGUGGCUUGAAUUGAGUACUUUGCAAGGACUGAAAUUAAUUAUGAAAAAAUGAAUGAAAAUGAAUUGGCAAAGCCACCUAGGAAGGUAAAAGAAAGGAUGCAAAUCAAAGACCUAGAUGUAGAGACAGUGUCACUCAGAUGGCCAAGUUAGUUCUCUCAUAUUACAUGUUUGCAGAAAUGAUUCUGUAAGAUGCACAAAAGCUUGGGCAUGGAAAAAUGGAUUACUAUUAGUGCUAACACCAUGGCAUCUGUAAUUUAGUACUGGGAUAUAUUUUUCUAAUUUCCAGUGAUUUAAUAUGCAUAUUCCCCAGCUUUUCAAAAGUCUGAUUCAACUGUCUUACCCUGUCGUGUUAGGGUUGCAUACAGAAAGCCCUUUAUGCACACCACUACUGUCAGAGUAAAGGGAAUAAUUCCUGUGGCCAGAAUCCGAAGAAAGCUCAUUUAAUUGUGCUGUGCCAAUGAAGAUGACUGGAAUGCAUUUUGGUUUUUGUGUUUUAAUGACUUGAGUUGCACAGCUAUUGGCAUAUCUCAUUUGGUGGCUUAGCACUGUAAAGAACAGACUAGUGUAGAUACCUACCAGUUCCUUUGCGAUUUUAGAUCCAGUGGUAGCCUUUUGAUACUUGAAAGCAUAUGCUCAUCGUCUGUGCUAAUCACAGCAUUUAAAAUUCUAAAAUUUUAGGAUAUUGAAAAAUAGGAGUUGAAAAACAAAGCAUUUUCUUGGAAAUACUAUUUUAACUUUUAAAUAGAUCACAACUAGUUCCUCUGGGGUGUUUCUCAUGAGUGGGAGUUGACUUUGGAAAUGGGUGGUCUCGAGUGUUUAUUCUGGAAGUUUUUCACUAACCUGUGAGAGUGACUGGGGCAGCCAUGUUUCAGAAUAUAAAUGAGUUCUUAAGCACAUUUGAAUACAGAUCCCUCAGGACUAUUGAAUUCACUCAAUUGGAAGUGAUGAGAAAUUUCAAAUACUUAAAAUGAUCGUGGCUAAAUUAGUGCUGGUUUUGAGUGUUGUUUUCCAAUCAAAGGAUUAUUUCUAGAUGGGUAUAUGCUUUGUUGCACAAUUUCUGCUUCCACAUAUUUACCAAGCAUUUUAGUGAGAGAGGACAAUGUGUAGUGGUAGAACUAAGAGCCUCGUUCAGGGCCAGGUUUGCAUCCUAUGUGCAUUCUUUGUGUGCUGCUGGCUACUUCCUCCCUGUCCUACUGCAGGGGUCUAGAUUUCUAAUAGACAGCACUGGCAUUGUGACUGAAGCCCACCCCUGUACAAGCCGUGCUGGGGCUUCAUACUGCAUACUAGAAGACUGAGGAAUCAGAUGAAUUUGAAUUCCAAGAUGGCCAAACAUUUCAACUGUAAUUUUACAGAUGACACUACACUGAUCUAGCCAAUUAGGUUUAAAAUGUCUUCAAAAAUUACUUUAUUUUAUUUAAAGCAUCUGUUUAAUUCAACUUUUAAUCAGAUUUUUCAAAGGGUAUGUAUGUAUUUUAAUAUAGCCUGACCUGAAUUUAUAUGUUUUUAGCUUUAGUAUUUAAUGUUUUAUAACAAAUAAACCAUUUUUAAAAAAACAAAUUUAA